UUCAUGCACUCGACGAACUUCACACAGUCAUACAAACAAACCCAGAGACUCCCAGACAUUUUAACAUCGACUGGACAACAACGAACAGCUUUUUUUUCACCUGCUGCUGUGAGGAUAUGGCAACCCUUAAAGUCGAGUGUGUGGUGAAGGAGAAGAAUGAGAUUGGAGAAGGUCCAGUCUGGGAGGAGAAAGAUGGCUGUCUGUUAUAUGUUGACAUUUAUGGCCCAAAGAUCAACAGGUGGAACUCACUGACCAAUCAGAUAGAGAGUAUGUGUACAGAGACGUACGUGGGCUGCGUCGUUCCACAGAGGUCUGGAGGGUAUGUGAUCGGAGAGGGAACGCGCUUUGCUGCUGUAGACUGGGAGAAACGAGCAAUCACGACCAUCACUAAAGUGGACACAGAGAAGACCAACACCCGCUUUAAUGAUGGGAAGGUGGAUCCAGCUGGCAGGUUUUUUGCAGGCACCAUGGCGGUUGAGGUGCGUCCUGCUGAGCUGGAGAGGAAACAGGGCUCGCUGUAUAGCCUGCUCCCCGAUCACUCCGUCGUCAAACACUUUGACCAGGUGGACCUCUCUAACGGGUUGGACUGGUCUCCAGAUCACCGCUUCUUCUACUAUGUAGACAGUCUGACGUACAUGGUGGAGGCCUUCGAUUACGAUAUACACACUGGAGGAGUAGCUAAUCGCAGAAUGGUGUACAGACUUGAGAAAGAUGAAGGUAUUCCUGAUGGCAUGUGCAUCGACGUGGAAGGGAAACUAUGGCUGGCCUGCUACAAUGGGGGCAGAGUCCUGCGUAUCGACCCUCUGACAGGGACCAGGCUUCAAACGGUGAAAAUGCCAGUCGCUAAAAUCACCUCCUGUUGUUUUGGAGGGAAAGAUUACACUGAUCUCUACGUCACCUCUGCGUGUAAAGGCAUGGACGAGGAAUCGCUCGCCAAACAGCCCCAAGCCGGCUGUAUUUUUAAGGUCUCUGGUUUAGGAGUAAAGGGAAUUCCUCCAAAUUCAUUUUCCGGCUAAAGCACCAGAGAAUCUCUGCAUUUUGUGAAAUACACACACGAGAUCGCGGUAAUUGUGUCCGCUUGACAGUUCUGCACUGACAUAUUGAUUUAAUAAUGAUCUGAAAUCACGAGACUGAAUUAAGCAGCUUUUUGUGGUCCAUCAUCACAUCUCAGUUAGGACUUUAAAAAGAGAAUCAAGGGCUUUGUGACUGAAUCAAUUGGCAAAAAUGCUUGAGAUAAUUGAAGUGAAUGAUGAGAAUAAUAUAAUAAUUAGAAUAAUUACUGGAUGUAAUGAGAACUAACACAUCUGCUGUUAAAAGAAAUUCCUGAUGACUCAUGACAAAAAAAAGAGUUUAACAUCACGUGUGUCUAAAAUGAUAAUGUUUAAAGGUGAUCUAAAAUGUUUAGACCCUUCAUUUAUAUGUUCCAUGUAGCCAGUGUUCUUUUCAUUCAUGCAUCUUAAGUAAUGAAUCCUAUCCCUCUAUCCUGACCCUGUUUUUUUAUCCCGUUAUACUGGGAACACUGAAACGCACACAAGGCAGGAACACCCUGUGUAUGGGUCACCGUUGCACUCACACACACACACACACACACUCAUUCAGAAUCAUGCAGUGUUUACCAAGUCCACCUACAGGCAUGUUUUUGGGAGUUGGGUGGAAACCGGUGAACCCAGAGGAAAUCAUGGACAUCGAUAAACCUCUCUGAGCUCUGGAACGAGGAAUCGCAGACCCUCAAGAUGUGAAUCUGCAACAUUAUCUGUGCCAACAUGCCUUCUUUAAGUUGUUUUUAAUCAUUUUAUUGUUGAUGUAUACCAUUGUUUUUUAUUAUUUCUUUUUGGUCAUCUGGUGAAUCAUUUCCAGAGUAUUAAACAUUAACAGAUGAGUACAUGCAUCAAUCUUAUUCAUUGUUGGUUGUUUGGUGAAAUAGAUUUAAUUAAAUAAGCAAAAAAACAACAAAAAAAGUCUUUUAGUUCUCAGUUCACUGAUUAUUUAUUUUGUGGAUUAAUUUGUCACCAGGAUGAAGGACAACAUCAGCACCAGCGCACGUGCGCAUGCUGUCUCUUUCUGACCCUUUCUACAAUCCGGAUGAUAAUAAAAUAAUUAUCCAAACACAAAA